CCUGCAUUUAGCAUUAUGAAAAUGACAAGGUGCAAAUUAAAUCAAAUAUUUAUUGGAGAAGUUGCAUCUGUACAAAAUUAUGGAGCUUUUAUCAGAAUUCCAGGUUGUUCCUUCCAGGGAUUGAUACAUAAAUCACAAGUAAGCUCUGCUCAUAUCAAUAAUGUUGGAGAAGUUUUGCAAAAAGGAGAACGUAUAUGGUGUAAAGUUAUUCAUAUUGGAGAUGAUGGCAAAAUAGGACUAUCUAUGAAGCAUGUAAAUCAAGGAAAUGGUACAGAUUUAGAUCCAAAUGGAAUACAGCUACAAAGAGAUGUGCAAAAGAAAAGACCUAUAGAAAAACAUGAUCGUAGAACUAUACACUUAGAAGCAAUCCUUAAUACCACAUGUAUGAAAUGUGGAACUGCUGGUCAUUUAUCUAAAGACUGUUUUAUGAGUCCUGAUGGAAAACGGUAUGAAUUGAUCCCAGAAAUUGAAGAAAAACAAGACGUUAUACAAAUACAAAGUGAUAUAAGCAAAAAAGACACAAGACAUAAACAAAAGAAAUUAAAAAGGAAAAAGAAAGCAAAAAAAAUCAAACAAGAUGCACUUGAUAGUGAUUCUGAUGAAAAAGAUGUAAUUAAAAAGAAAAAGAAGAAAUAUUCUAAAGACCAAAAGAAGAAAAAGAAGAAACAUGAGAGUUCUUGUAGUGAUAAAAAUUCUAGCGAUAGUUCUUCUAGUCAUGAUGUGAAAGCUCAUAAACGAAAGCAUUCAGAAAGUUCAGGAAAAUGUACUAAAAAGUGUAAACAUUCAAAAACUAAAUAUGCUAAUGAAUGAAAGCAUAAAAACUAGAAUGUAAAUUUAAUCUUCAUGCCGAUUUUGUAUAUUUUUAAAUUAUUAAAAUAUUUCUCUUGAAAUAUCUAUUUUACAGUGUAUCUAACAAUAUAAUAAUAAAAAUCAUACUUACUGAUGUUAAAUAUUUAUAGGUCAAGUGUACAUUUUCAGCAAGAACAUCUGCUGCUAGAUCAUAAUAUUGGUAUUUGCAAUAUAACAAUAAUAAGUUUGCAAAAGUUUCAGGUGGAAAUGGAUUUUGUUGUAGUAAAAACUGAAGUUUCUCAAAUCCUUCACUUGGCUUUGUAUCCAUAUUUAUUAAAGCCUGAUUAUGCAAAGUGACAGCAUCAAGUUCUUCCUCAGAUCUAGGAGGCAUAUCUGUUAAUGCUUCUUUUGCUGAUUCAUCUAAAAGCAGUAAAUAAAGAGCAUGGAAUAUUAAAUACACUAUGGAAACUUAAACUUAAAAAAUUAAAUUAAACUAUGGGAUGA